CGAUCCUGAAAGAAACGAACGGCGUAUAUAUCGCUCAAAUAACGUCACCGUCUCCUAUAAUUUCUUUUUAUUGUUUUAUUUUUUCUUGAGAAAUUCUUCUUAUAACUUCGUUUCCAAAAAAUAGUCCAAUUAUUUUUCUAAACUCUGCUGCGUUCUUAAUUUCGAUUUAACCGCUAAAAAGAAAAAAAAGAGAGAAUUUUCUUUCUAUGGCCGCCAGUUCGAGCCGAGAUGGUUUCUUCUACGGUGGUGCCGUUCCCUAUAGAUCAAGAGAAGGACUUACCACGAGACCGGUAGGCAGCUCCGAUGAAAUACAGCUACGGAUUGAUCCAAUGCACGCUGACUUCGAUGAUGAGAUCUCCGGCCUCCGUGGCCAAGUUAAGCUUUUACGAAAUGUAGCUCAGGAGAUAGGGUCAGAAGCAAAGUUCCAAAAAGAUUUCUUGGAUCAGCUGCAAAUGACCGUGAUUAAAGCUCAAGCAGGCGUGAAGAACAACAUAAGGAAACUGAAUAGGAGCAUCAUUAAGAAUGGCGGAAACCAUGUUGUCCAUGUGGUUCUUUUUGCUCUGUUUUGUUUCUUCUUGGUCUAUCUAUGGUCCAAAGUUGCAAGAAGAUAGUUUCGUGGGCACUGAAAAAUGUAUCAAUGACUGGCUAUGUCAAAGGAUGGGUUGGGAGUUAUUUGGCGGGUUCCAUUGUAAAAUCUUCAGAUUAGUUUCUACAUUAAAAAUUGGUAUUCUCUAUGACACAGUUAACAUUUAGAUUUUAUGUAUUUAAGAGGGUGAUUUCAUUGCGAGUGAUAUCAGGUUCUUGAUGUAUAAACAAAAGCAAAUAUUCCAAUACAAUUAAGCUUAUCGAUA